AUUUCUUUAUUUUAGCAAUAGGCUGUAACUCCCUGAAUGCACUUUCUGAAGAACUAAAGGAAACAACCGGGACAACGACUUUAAUCGGGAGAUUCUAUAUUUUAUACUUUAUUUAAUUUCGGAUGAUCAUAUUCAAAGGUACCACUCGGGACUUCACCAUGAUGCGGUGCAGCCUCGCUCUGCUGCUGAUGCUCUGGAGCUGUGAGAGUAGAAGUGUGGCAGAGAGUGGCGAGGACAACAGUGUUUAUGACUUAUUCGAACUUGCCAAGGUGAGCAGAAGGCACAACGGAGUGACCCAGGUUCGAGGCGCAGACCCAAACAGUCCUGCCUAUAAGGUCCUCAAUGCUAGCCUGAUCCCCCCGGUACCCGACAUGUCCUUCCGGGACCUCAUCGACUCCAUUCAAACAGAGAGAGGCUUCAUCCUCCUCCUCAAUCUUAAGCAGUUCAAGAGAACCAGGGGGAGUCUUUUGACUGUCGAGAAGACCGACGGAUCCGGACCGAUAUUCGAGAUCAUAUCCAACGGCGAGGCGAAAAUGCUGGAUGUGGUUUUAUCCACCAAGACCCAGCAACAGGUCGUGUCGAUUGAAGAUGCGGAUUUAGCGACUGGACAUUGGGAGAACAUCACCCUGUUCGUGCAGGACGACCGUGUGCAGCUUUUUGUCGGCUGCGAGGAGAUAAAUGUGUCCGAGAUGGAUGUGCCGAUCUACAAAGUAUUGUCACAGGAACUUAUAGACACUGCCCGCAUGAGGAUCGCAAAGGGAACAGUGAAAGACUUCAAGGGAGUGCUUCAGAACGUACGGUUUGUCUUUGGAACCACUCUUGAAGCCAUCUUGAGGAACAAGGGAUGCCAAAGUGGAGUGACCUUGUCCGGUAUGAUGACCCUCGACAACCAGAUGAACGGCUCCAGCCCAGCCAUCAGGACCGAUUACACCGGCCACAAAAGCAAAGAUGCGCCGUCCGUGUGCGGCUUCUCCUGCGAGGACAUCUCUGGGAUGUUCAAGGAGCUCAAGGGCCUUGGUGUGGUCGUCAAGCAGCUGUCCAAGACCCUGCACCAAGUGGUCGAUGACAACAUGAUGAUCAUGGAUCAGAUCAAGACCAAGGAUGGAGUGUGCGUGCACAACGGCAUUGUGCACAGGAACCAGGACGAGUGGACCAUGGACGGAUGCACAACGUGCACCUGCCAGAACUCGGCCACCAUUUGUCAUGAGAUCAAGUGCCCCAUUAUCCCGUGCACCAACGCCACCGUGCCCAAGGGAGAGUGCUGCCCGCGCUGCGGAAGCGACCCCUUUGCAGAGGACGGCUGGUCCCCGUGGUCCGAGUGGACCCAUUGCUCGGUGACCUGCGGCCGGGGCAUCCAGCAGCGCGGACGCUCCUGCGACCGCAUCAACAACAACUGCCAGGGCACCUCGGUGCAGACCCGGGACUGCUACCUGGAGGAGUGCGACAAGCGCUUCAAACAGGACGGUGGUUGGAGCCACUGGUCUCCUUGGUCCUCCUGCUCCGUGUCCUGUGGCGAGGGCCUGAUCACGCGCAUCCGCCUGUGCAACUCCCCCACGCCCCAGAUGGGUGGCAAAGAGUGUGAAGGAGAAGGACGCGCCACUGAGCUUUGCAAGCAGUCUCCUUGUCCUAUCCAUGGUGGAUGGGGACCCUGGUCUCUCUGGGACACCUGCUCCUUGACGUGUGGUGGUGGGAUCCAGAUGCGCAAACGUCUCUGCACGGACCCUGCACCAAAAUAUGGAGGAAACCAUUGUGUUGGUGGUGGCGCCAUGUCUCAAGUGUGCAACAAGCAGGAGUGUCCUAUCGAUGGUUGCCUCUCGAGUCCUUGCUUCGCUGGAGCCAAGUGCACCAGUUUCCCCGAUGGCACCUUCAAGUGUGGCCGGUGUCCGGUUGGCUACAGAGGAAAUGGCAUCAACUGCAAGGACAUCGACGAGUGUAAAGAGGUCUCCGACGCCUGUCACACACACAACGGGGUGCAUCGCUGUGAAAACACAGUGCCUGGCUACAACUGUUUGCCCUGCCCCGCCCGGUACUCCGGACCCCAGCCAUUCGGGAGGGGGGUCGAGCAAGCCACCGCCAAGAAACAGGUCUGCAAGCCUCGUAAUCCUUGCCAGGACGGGAGCCACGACUGCAAUAAAAAUGCCAACUGUGUCUACCUGGGCAUCUUCUCUGAUACCAUGUUCCGCUGCGAGUGCAAGCCAGGAUAUGCUGGCAAUGGCUACAUCUGUGGAGAAGACACUGACUUGGAUGGAUGGCCCAACACAGAGCUGUUGUGUGUGGCGAACGCUACAUACCACUGCAAGAAGGAUAAUUGUCCCAGCCUGCCCAACUCUGGUCAGGAAGAUCAUGACAAAGAUGGCCUGGGGGAUGAGUGUGACCAUGAUGAUGACAACGAUGGAAUCUCUGAUGAUAGGGAUAACUGCCCCAAAGUGUACAACCCUGCCCAGUACGACGCUGACAGAGACGACAUUGGCGAUCGCUGUGACAACUGUGUUUUCGAAGCUAACACGGAUCAAACCGACACCGACAACAACGGCGAGGGGGACGCUUGCGCCAUUGACAUUGACGGCGACGGCAUUCUGAACGAGAAGGACAACUGUCAGUACGUCUACAAUGUGGACCAGAGGGAUUCCGAUGGGGAUGGAGUUGGAGACCACUGUGACAACUGCCCUCUUCAGCACAACCCUGACCAGAUUGACUCAGACUCAGACCUCGUAGGGGACAAGUGCGACAGCAACCAGGACAUCGACGAGGAUGGGCACCAAAACAACCUGGACAACUGUCCAUACAUCCCCAACGCAAACCAGGUCGACCAUGACAAGGACGGCAAGGGCGACGCCUGUGACCACGACGACGACAACGAUGACGUCCCCGACGAGAAAGACAACUGUCGUUUGGUGCCCAACCCUGACCAGCUGGACUCUGAUGGGGAUGGCCGAGGGGAUGUUUGCCAAACUGACUUUGACGAUGACAAAGUGCUGGAUAUCUAUGACGUCUGCCCAGAGAACACUGACAUCAGCGAAACAGACUUCCGCAGGUUCCAGAUGGUUCCUCUGGACCCGACAGGCACCUCUCAGAUCGACCCCAACUGGGUGGUCCGGCAUCAGGGCAAGGAGCUGGUGCAGACCGUCAACUGCGAUCCUGGCAUCGCUGUCGGUUAUGAUGAGUUCAAUGCGGUGGACUUCAGCGGAACAUUCUUCAUCAACACGGACAGAGACGAUGACUACGCCGGCUUUGUUUUUGGCUACCAGUCCAGCUCGCGCUUCUACACCGUGAUGUGGAAGCAGAUCACACAGACCUACUGGUCCACCACGCCCACCAGAGCCCAGGGCUACUCUGGCCUGUCAAUCAAAGUGGUUAACUCCACUACAGGGCCUGGCGAACAUCUGAGGAAUGCUCUCUGGCACACGGGAGACACGGCCGGACAGGUGCGUACUCUGUGGCACGACCCCAGGAACAUUGGCUGGAAGGACUACACAGCCUACAGAUGGCAUUUGGUGCACAGACCCAAGAGUGGACUCAUCAGGGUGGUGAUGUACGAAGGCAAGAGGAUCAUGGCGGAUUCCGGAAACAUCUACGACAAAACGUACGCUGGUGGACGCCUCGGCCUCUACGUCUUCUCCCAGGAGAUGGUGUACUUCUCCGACCUCAAAUAUGCGUGCAGAGAUUCAUAACUGAACCCGUGAGGUCCUGAUAUGGAUAGAACGGAUCUGUCACCUGCCACUAUGAGCUUUGAACUGUAAGCCCCGCGACGACCAUUCUCCGCAACACUCGACCACGAGAACACACACCGUUUGCGGAAUGGAUAAGAAGAUGUAGAAGGUAUAACCAGCCUCCCGUACAUUCCCCUCGAGAGACUUCCGUGUCCCCGCACCGUACACCACGCGUUGGCCUCGUUCUGAGGUCCAUCUUAACCUUCUCAUUAUAAUUCUUGGAUCUGCUUUCGAGGACCGACUAGAUCCCGGUCCUCACUUGUGGUGCGUUUGCCGAGUAUGGCCAUCAAAGGGAAGACAUUUUUUUUCAUCAUGUUUUAUUUUUUAAGCAAUAAUUUUGAUCUGCUGUGGACUCAAAAAAGACUUAUUUGAAUAUGAAGAAUGCCCUAGGAGGAUUUUGGUUAAGUUGGGAGCGAUUCUCUCCCCUCGAAGGACCCGUGGAGGGGACCAUGGACGAAUAGACUGGACUGAUACUAUCAAAGAAUGUGUGUGUGUGUGUGUGUUUAUAUCUGUGUUUCUAUGUGUGUGUGUGUUUGCGUGCGUGCAUGUGCAGUUGGGAAACUGAGAGCAUAGUAAUGAAGACCACAUUGCCAAUGAAUCAUUAUCAUCGAUAAUCAAUGAGUCAUUUUAUCCUCAUUGACCCAGAGUCUUGCAGGCCUUCCAAAUGGAGGCCUAAACCAAACGCUAUGCACUGUCCCACGAGAUUGACCCGUUGGCUCAGGAAACACCAUCAGAGGGACUAAGAAGGGAGGAGUACAAUGACUAGGACAGCACAGGGCCUCAAAGCAAACGUGUAUUGCUUUGAAAAAAGAAUAUUUUAGAAUAAUAUGUGGUGAUAUCUUUGAGUUUUAAAAACAGUGUCAAGGGACGUAACUAGUCAAGUGCCAGUCUUUUGUGUGUGAGGAAUGGACCUGUAUUGCUUUAAUUUCUUAUUUAUUUAUUUGUCAGAGAUUUUUUGUACCAUGGUUGCCAUCAAAAAAAACUAAAGUCAGUGAUCAAUUAAAGAAAACCUGGAAAAUACAAUGCCAUGGUAUGUUAUUGUAAGGCGUAUGCCAGAUGUUUUAAUUGAUAAUUUUAUUUCCAAAUAUUCUUAAUCUGCACGGUAAGCACGAUCGGUGUGCCUGAGCUUGUGUGUACAUUUUUUUACAAGGAAACUGAAAGGAAAAGUACUGAAACGAAGUACAAAUAUUACCUCAUCAUUAUUAGAGUUUGUAUUGAGGCCACCAUACGAGAAUAUCUUUUUCCAGCAGCAGAGUAUACAUUGGUUGACUUGUAUUUUUUCCCCAAGACAGACUUAAGUACAAUCAUUUAUAUUCUGUAUAUAAGAUAUUUUUGUAGCAAAAAGAGGCCCGGUCAGCAGUGUAAUAGAUUCAAGAAAUGUUCCCUUUACUAUGUUGUGCGAUAUGUCCUGUGCAUUUUUAUAAAUUAUUAUGUUCUAUGUUAAGAGUUUAUUUCAUUUGUGUAGAUAAAUGCUAUUUAAAUAAUUUAUCCAGGAACGUUGCCAUAAUAUGGUAUCGAUCCCGUUUGUUUGCACACUGACACAAGGAUGUCUUUGUUGUUUUUGGUUUUGUACUUUUUUUUUAAUACUAGGGAAACUUUUUCUAUAAACAUUUGUACCAUAGUUUUUACCCACAAAUUGUUGUUUAUACUCCUACCAGUGAUGUGUAAUGUCAUGGAACAAUAAACACUUCAGGAAAAAAAAAAAAGUGUAUUCAAGU